UAAGAUCAGUGUCUGCUGCGCCAUAGUCACUGAACGUUCACAUCUCGCAUAGUACUACCUACCUACUCUGUAUCCUGGAAACUUCUGAGCCAUCUGCACGCAGAAUCGCUAAUUAGAACAACAAAAAGUAAUUUUCCACGAAACAAACUGUGAUUUUCCAGUUUGCAUUGUAAAGGACGGAGGAUGCGAAGGUUCAUCAAACCGUGAUUCCUAUGCGAAUAUAGAAACGACUACUGCCGGAUCGACGAGGUGAGUACGGCGACGGAUUUGUGCAGAAGAAGAAUUACUAUUAAUAGAUUCUACAACUUGAACAGAGUGCACGCGUCAGGAUGAAAGAUAACGUUCAGGUGGUAGCAGUGGUCGUGCUGUGCAUCGCGUGGUUGUGGCAACCGAUCGAAUCGGACAUGGUGCAGAUAAAACCGACAGCGGCGUUGCUGGUGUCGGUGAAGAGGUCCAACGACAACAACGCGUCGGCGUCAGACACGAGCAAUAGCACUUCACCGUGCGACCGAUACCUGAGAUCGGCCGAAGCGGAGGUGAGGAAUCCGCGUAACCAUAAGUUCGUCACGUCCAACGGUUGGACGGAACGGCAUAGACCCCGGCCCGAGAUUAGCGUGUACUCACGCAUCGAGGAAGUGCCAUCGCCGCCACAGCCUGCACCCACAGUGGCCGCGUACUACCAGCAACAGCGUGACAGCUUUUACCACAACUCGGCCGUACAGCAGCUACCACCCGCCGUGAGGACGUCUAAACGCAUCAUAUACUAUGCAACGCUACCCGACGUCGUCCGACCACCCGCCGGAUACUCGUCGUCGCCUAGCUAUUCAUCCGAUCCGUUCACGCUCGGACCUGGGCCCUUCUCCGCCGAUUUUCGACAACUCGACUUCAAUAGAAACACACCUCCGGACAGUUUGCAGCGUAAUCGUUUGGCGUCAUACGAGAACGUCUACAAUCAUGGUGGUGGCAAUGGCGGCGUGACUUCAGUCACGUCCAAAUCGACGGCCGUGUAUAACAGUAGGUACGACGAACCUGCCGAGUUCCGGGAUGCGUACUACCGACCGAACGAGUUCACGUCAAAGUUCGCGUCAUGGGCUGAACCGUUUUACAAGAGUUGGACUUCGUCGUCCUGGGACAAGGAUUCGCCGGCUUACAAAAACAAUAGGGGCCCAUCGCCGUCAUUCUCCUCGUGGGAUCGGGAACUAAUGGGUAGAGGAGCGAGCCCAUGGGAGAACCGAGGAUCUUCUUGGGAUAACAACCGGGGAUCGUCGUGGGACAACCGGGGUUCAUCGUGGGACAAGGAGCUGGUAGAGGUGCCGUUACAAAAGCCUAACGGCGAUAGUGGUAGCCGCAAUGGUGAAAACUUCAACAACAAUGACAAAUAUCCUGAAGUGGCGGUCAUCCAUUCAGAUGUGAUCGACGUAAGAGGAGACCGCGGGAGACAACAAAACAGUUCACCGCCACCAUCGUCAUCGCAAGCCAUGCCACCCUCUAGGUUUACGAUCAUCGACGUCGACCCAAAACCGUAUCAUCACCAGAACCAACAGCCUCAGCAGCAGAUACCAGCGUCAAUGCGAUACGAACCACCACAAAAGCCGAUGCAAUACGAAACAUACACGCCGAUGCAAGCCCACACGCGAUAUGAGCCGCGUCAGCCACAGCCGCCGUCGCCUAUGCGCUAUGAACAGCAGUACCGGCCACCGCCCUCAUCAUCGUCCACGCGUUAUGGAUCACAGAACGAAAACAAACUACCAUCCAAUGGGUACUAUGAAAAUAUAAAGAACAACAUCAACACUCACCAAUUCAUGACGAGUUGGACAGAAGUAUCAUCAACUCAAGACGAAGUAUUGCCCACGCACUCGGUGAGCGUAAACAUCAAUUCGCUCGGAAACUCUACUAGCAUGCAAAACAACACCAAAAUUAUUCCCUAAACAAGUACUCCAAAGAUACCAAAAUAAAAUGUGUAAAUUCAUAAUAUUAUUUAAGAAAUGUUGGUAUUUGUAUUAUUGGAUU